GACGAGGGAUGGCGGAAGGCACCGAUACCCCUAUCCUUGCCCCCAGGCCCAAGGAGGAGGAGUCGGACGGAGCUCCCACCAUUCAAGCCAAAAUGGGCGGUUCCAGUCCUGGGAAUUUCCAAGCUCCGCCUCCGAAGAGGCAGCAGGGCCCGCAGGAGAGCUCCGACGAUGAAGCGCCGCCUAAGCGGGUCCGGAGCGUGGGCCAGAGCUCUGGAUCCACUCCCGAGGCGCCUCCUUCCCCUAAUCCCGCUCCGCCGGUGGCGGGAUUCGAUCCUCCUGUCGCUCUCGCUGCCGACGGAGCUGCAGCUCCCCAGGCGUCCGCCGCGGAGGCCGCCGCCGUCCCGGCCGUCGGCGUGGACGUGGAACCUCCGGGCCGGCUCCAGACCCUGCAGCCGUUCGGGGUCACUUCGCUGAUCGGGAGACGGCGAACAAUGGAGGACACCUACAAGGUGGCCCUCGGGUUCACUCACUCGCUGGUGGAAGGGGAGCCGGCGUAUGACUUCUUCGGGGUGUAUGAUGGCCACGGUGGAUCCGCGGCGGCGAAGUUCUGCCGUGAUAACCUGCAUUUGGUUCUGGCGGUCGAGGUGGAGAGGCUGCGGCGGUUGGCGGGGGAGGAGCUGGGGGAGCUGGAGCUGUGGCAGAGGGCCAUGGCGGAUUGCUUUGACAGGGUAGACCGGGAGAUGCUGUUCAUGGUGCCACAGGAUAUAUUGGUUGGCUCGACGGCGGUCGUUGCAGUUGUGGGGACGAGGUCAAUCAUAAUAGCCAACUGCGGCGACUCAAGGGCGGUGCUCUGCCGCAAUGGAAUCGCCGUUCCCGUCACCUCUGAUCACAAGCCUAACCGGCUGGAUGAGAUGCAAAGGCUUAUUCGGGCUGGGGGAAAAGUCAUUGACUGGAAUGGUUACCGUGUAAUGGGAGUACUAGCAACUUCGAGAGCCCUAGGGGACUACUGCCUCAAACCAUUCGUCAGCGCUGAGCCUGAAGUUAGUGUUAUCAAUCGAACUGAGGAAGAUGAGUUCCUGAUACUGGCAAGUGAUGGCCUUUGGGAUGUUGCGUCCAAUGAAUUUGCUUGCCGGGUUGUGAGACAAUGCCUCAAAGGGCAGCUGCCCACGACAUCCCAAAAUGUAGUGCUCCAGCCUGCUGCUUCACAAGCAGCUUCCUUGUUGGCAGAGCUUGCAAUAGCUCGAGAAAGCUUUGACAAUGUCAGUGUGGUGGUAGUUCAACUUAAGAAAAUGUAGGAUGGCAGUCGCCUGUUAAGUCUUUGACAUUGGCAGUCCCAUCUCUAUGGUUAUCUUUGUUCUAUCUCUAUUUUCAUGUUAUAAGUACUGCUGUAAGGGAUCAUAAGACUUGGGUUAGUAUGUUUUAUUUUGUUUCAUGGAGGACCCAGUUAGAUUGCUCAUAGCCAUACAAGCUCCUGGGUCAGGAUGUGGAAAGUUUAGUUUCUCUAAAAGGUUGUGUUAAAAUACCU